GCCGACAUUCAACAUAUUGAAAAUACUUAUACAUAAUCAAAUCACGAGAAGAAGAGUAAACAACACUUUACCAUUUUCCGUUCUUUUCGUCUCGUUUAAAUAAUUUUAAACGAACAAAAUUGUGUUUCGAUUUUGUAAAACACAUUCCAUGAAAAGGCAAGGAACCUUGCGAAAUAAUUGAUAACCUGGUUAAAAUAGAAAGAUUUACUUUUAGUUCCUUCUGUUAUCCGUCUCCGUCAUCAUGUCUCCAAAGACAGGGGAAAAUUGUAGUCAAGGAUCAGACCCCUCAGUUUUUUACCAAUGUGACAAAUGCGACUCGUUUUUUGAGUCGAAACCUCUCGUCGUGAUACAUCUUUCGAAAACGUCGCAUGAAAAGCAGGGGGACAAGCCUAAUUCUACUGGGUGGAGGACCGUCCCAUUUCCGACCCCCAUUUUAAAACUGGACAGGGUACCGGAAGUCACCGAGGUCAAGGAUGACCCUCCGCAAUUCGCGCCCCCGCUCUUCGUCCCGGUUAAAAUGGCCAAGUACAAAUUUAAAACUUUCCCCACCCUUGCCGACCCCUUAGGUGAUAUAGAUUCAGGAAAUCUAGGUGAAACCAUGGACGACGAAUCUUCACCUCCCUCGUCCCCCGACGUCCUACCCGAAUAUUCUGGCCUUUGCCCAACCUGCGAAAAAUGCAAACUCUCUUUUUCGAGUACUAAUGCACUCCAAAGACACCAAUUCUUGAUUAUAAACUGUGCUGACAGGGCUGCUGAGCUGGCCAAAUUACGGCGUCGACGCCACGGACCACCUAAACUAAAACCACGUCGCUGUCAGGUUUGUGGGAUUAUGUGUCGAUCUCAAGCGCACUACGACCAGCACACCAAAGCCCACUCGUUCCGGAAUUCAGGAGCAUCCACGUGUGACGCGUGUGGGGUCGCAUUUUAUAACACUUUUUCCCUUGAAAGACACCAAAUAAAUGGAAGUUGCAGCAAACCCAAAGUUGGAAAAGAGUGUCGCAAGUGCGGUCGCACAUUUACGCAAAGUUGGUCGUUAAAACGACACUUGGAAAAUGGCAGUUGCUUCAAAAUUUCUACACGAGGUGGAGUGGCGAAGAAAAAGUGUGACACAUGUGGACUCUCAUUUACUCAGAGCGGUUCGCUAAAACGACACUUGGAAAAUGACAGUUGCUUCAAGGGCUCUACUAGAGGUCCUGGGUCAGCGAAGAAAAAGUGUGAAACGUGUGGACUCUCGUUUACUCAAAUUGGUUCGCUUAAACGGCACUUGGAAAAUGACAGUUGCUUCAAGGGCCCAAGUCGCGCAGUUAGGAUAGCUUGUGACAAAUGUGGACUCGCAUUUGCUCAAAGUCGUUCGUUAAAGUUUCACCUUGAAAAGGAAUGUUGUACCUCACCGGGUGACGAGUCUGAUGUUGAAGCUGUCCACGGCCAGAAUCUUAACGAUUAUGCCAGCAGAAACCUGACGCUACGGGACGGAUCUCAAGAGGACGAUGUUACCCCCGUCGUCAUCAAGGAUGAAGACAUCCUCAUCGCAACAGAUUGGUCGGAAUUGGUAGGGCUGACGGGUGAUGAUGAGCAAGUGAUUGAAAUAUAUGAAGGAAAAAAUAAGCAUGAAUAGGUAGUCUCAAGGUAAAUACAUGUGUGUUGUAUAUACAAGAAUGAUAUAUACACAGAAAACAAAUAAAACAGUUUUUGUAAUUCGCAUUUUUAUGACACAG